AUGGGUCGAAAUGUUAUGCGUCGUCGUCACGCCUCUCUUUCUGGGCCAUCUGCGCGACAGUCGCAGCCACGUCAGCAGCCACUUGACAUCACCUCUAUCGGUCAUGUACUUGACGACCAGAGUCUUGCAGAGACAACUGCCUUGCUGACGGACGAAAAGCAAGUUCAGCAUGCUUACGAGUUGCUUCAGAGCACGAGCCUCUUUAUCUACUUUGUCAUCGAGCGUCAUCGCAUCUUCGUUCGACGCCACACCGGAAAGUCCCCGCCCUGGACCAAGGACGGGGUGCUACGCAACUUCCGCUUUACGAACGAUUUUCGCGUGCUGGACAGGGGUUGUCAGUUUGGUCUGACCGACGUCAUACACAAAGGGCCAUCUGACUUCAGAUCACGGGUUUUUCGGGUACUGGCAUUCAGCCUGUUUGUCAGUCAGAAGACGUACUCGUUUCUCGAGAGCAGGUUCGGCUCCCCUCUUCUGGAGGAAAACUUCGAUCUGGAUAAAUGGAACGAGGCGCUCGACGACUACGUCGCUGACGGAAAUAAGGUCACCACCGGGGCUUACCAGAUAUCUGCACCAACCGUCGACCAAGUUGGCGAUCCUAUCUAUCAUCAUCGUCUGAUACGUCUCCUUGCCCUUCUUCUCCAGUCCAAAGUUAGCGAGCAGAUUGAAGACUGCCGGGAGUUAUGUGACUUGCAUUCGGUCCUUGCUCGUUUCCCAUCCUUGACACGCUUUUUGGGUUAUCAAGUGGCCUUGAAUCUGAACAUGAUACCCGGUCUUGGCUUAGCGGAAGAUUGGGUCAUCAUUGGACCUGGUGCGCAGCGUGGCUUACAAACGAUUUUUGGCAAUGGACUGCCUCCUCGUCUCCACAUAGUUGCGCUUAAGUGGCUUUGCGAGAACAUCCGGCCGCUGUCGGUCAAAGCCGGAUACCCUGAGCAUGACAUACCAACGUUGGCUCCCGGGUACCCUGCCCUCACUCCGGUUGACGUCGAGCAUAUUCUAUGCGAAUUUCAUAAAUACGCAAAGCUGGUUGAUCACGCACGAUACCCUUGCCGGGGGUCUCAAAUGCCCAAGCAUCGCAAUUUUCCGCGUCUUGAUUCGUGGCCAAUGGUCACUGCACGCCAGCCCGAGAAUAAGCUGCCCUGUCAUGUUGCGCGGGAGCAACAGAAUCAACAAUACACCACUCCGCAUCCCGACGAUGACGGGGAAUAUUGGCCCCAACACGUUCUUGAGGAAAAGGGCAUCGGCUCGGGGUCCCAUCUGCUCAGGGUACGCUGGGUGGGCUAUCCUCCCAAUGCCGACACAUGGGAGUCGGCACAACUGCUUACUCAGAGCUCUCCCGAUGUAGUCAGAGCAUUCAGGCAGAGAAUCGAUCAACUGGAAGCUUUGAGAUUGUCUUUGAUCUCGAAAAAAGCGGGUGAUCCUGCUUAA